GGUCACACUUUUCAGGAAUCACCAUUAAUUUGUCAAAGUCGGACCCACCAAGUUGUAAACAAUGCUAUUCCCGGCACAAUGACCGACUUUCUUCAUGAAAACAAUGCCUGCGGACAGAAUCUUCUCAACAUAGUGUCCGUGGGCAACUCCAUAAUAGCGGAGAUUCUUCGCCUGAAGGACUACAUCCCUAGCAUAUAUAGAUUGGACACAAAGGCAGAUAAGGCGAAAUAUGGGGAGGUUAUUGUGGACUUUAGCUACUUCAAGGUGGCCGAGGAGCUCGAGAAGAAAAUUGAGAAGAGCCAAGAGCUCACCGAGGUGGACGACGAGGUGCGCACCCAUUUGCCGCUGAUCACUAGGUUCUACCUGGCCUUCCAGAGCAUUCACCACUACGCCACCGAUCUGAAGCAGUACAUCGAGGAGCUGAACAGUGGAUACUACAUUCAGCAGACCCUGGAGACGGUGCUGCAGGAGGAAGAGGGUCGCCAGCUUUUGUGCGAGUCCUUGUACCUGUUUGGAGUGAUUCUGCUCCUUCUAGAUUUUCAUCUCCCCGGCGAUGUGAGGGAGCGCCUGUUGAUCUCCUAUUACCGCUACAGCGGAGGGGAGUCUACGCCCAGCGGCGACGAGAGCAACAUCCACGAUGUGUGCUUGCUGUUGAGGUCUACGGGAUACGUGCAUCCCGCCCAGGCAGCGCAGAUCUUGAGUCCUCUUAGUGGUAAACAGGCGGCGGCAGCUGCCGAAAAGCUAUCCGUUUCCAAGUACCCAGAGGCCUAUUUUGCUCGGUUCCCCUUCGAUGAGGAUUUUGUGGCCCUAGUGGUGGCGCGAAUGCGCUGCGACGACAUCUACAACCAGCUAACGCUGUACCCACAUCCUGCCCACAGGUCCACGGCGCUGUCAACGCAAGCCGCCAUGCUCUACGUGUGCCUUUACUUCUGCCCCAAGGUGCUGCACUCCCAGGGAUCCCAGAUGCGCGAGAUCGUGGACAAGUUCUUCUGCGACAACUGGUGCUUGUCCGUCUACAUGGGAGUCACUGUGAAUCUGGUGGACGCCUGGCAGGACUUCCCCGCUGCCCGCUCCGCCUUGAGCAACAUAAUUACCCGCGAAACGAUCAAGUUCCUUUGCCAGCAGCAGAAUGAACAGCUGGCCAAGAUUCAGCAGAGGACCCGGGACAUUUGCCGCGAGGGUGUCCUGGGCGAUGAUUUUGUCUUGGAAAAUGCUAACAAGAUAAUCCUGCUUAUGCGGCAAUCGAAUGUUCUACUCCGCUGGUAUAGCCUGCACACCUCCAAAGAAGUCUUCGUCUUCAGCCACACUACUGCUUCGCCUGGAAAGAUCAGCAAGCUGUUGCUGGAGGAGCUCCAGUUCGAUCGAAAGGCCCUUUACCAACUGAUGAUCAACUGCAGCCAAAUGGAGCUUAGCGUCAGGGAGCUGCUGACGGAGAUUCUCCAGAGCAGGGAGAGUCGCUGGGGGAAGUGCCGGGAGGAGGCUGUGGAGCGGGUGCUGGAACUGAGCGAAGCCUUCGCGGGCUCAAGACCGUUGGCCAAGAUCGAGCAGAAUCCCCAAUUGCAGCAGUGGUUCGGGGAGGUGGCAGCGCGUCUGAAGAAAUUGGAGCUGAGCCGGGCACAGAAAUCGGGAAGAAUGAUUAUACAGGUGAUGCAAGCCCUGGACGAAGUGCAGGAGUAUCACAAUCUUGACGCCAAUAUGUUAGUCAAGCAGCAACUUCAGGAGACGAGGGAUAGGCUGAGCAGGAUGGCCCAGAUAAUCAACCUUAAAGAAGACAUCGAAAUCCACAUCCAAAUGAUCACUGACUUCAGCUACGCCUGGCAUCUUCUCCGGCAAGACUUCAUGCCAAUAAUGCAAGACCACAUCAAGAGACAACCGAAGGCAGUGAUCGACAUACGGGCAAUCUUCCUGAAGCUGGCCAGCACUCUGGAGGUGCCGCUGAUGAGGAUCAAUCAGGCAAGGAGCGAGGACCUGGCCUCGGUUUCCAACUACUACAGCACUGAGCUGGCCAACUUUCUGCGAAACGUGCUGCAAAUCGUUCCAGAAACCAUGUUCAGCAUCCUGGCGGAUAUAAUCCACCUGCUGACUAACGUGAUCAAGGAGUUUCCCACCCGAGUGGAGAAGGAGAAGCUCAAGGAGUACGCCCAGUUCGAGGAGAGAGCCAAGGUUGCCCAGCUGACCAACUCUAUAGCUGUGUUCACCAAGGGAAUCCUCAUGAUGAAGACCACGCUGGUCGGCGUGCUGGAACUCGAUCCCAAGCAGCUGCUGGAGGAUGGAAUCCGCAAGGAGCUAGUCAACCACUUGGCCAGGGCCUACCACUUGGGAUUGGUUUUUACGCCCGAGAAAGGCAAGUCUCCGGUUCAACUCCUUCAGCAGAAGUUGGAAGCUCUGGGCAAAACCAUCGAAGGGUAUCGCAGGUCCUUCGAGUACAUAGAGGACUACCUGAGGGUGCAGGGCUUGCGAAUCCUGCUGGAGGAGACUCAGCGCAUCAUCAACUACAAUGUGGAGAAGGAGUGCAAUGCAUUUUUGAAGAACAAAGUUCAGGAGUGGCAAUCGCAGCACCAAAGCCAGAUCAUACCUAUUCCCAACUUUCCGCCAAUCCAGGGAGAUGCCUCCAACUCCAACAACUUCAUCGGACGCCUGGCCCACGAGAUCCUGCGCUGCACUGAUCCCAAGCAAACCAUAUUCCUGAGCCUCGAAAACAAGUGGUACGAAAAGAAGGGGUCUCACACAAAAGUUUUGGGCGGAACGGAUUUCUUUGGAAUGCUCCGGGAAGCUAUGGCUCCUGCUGGAAUGGUGGGACUGGAGCGUCUGUAUGCGCACAUGCUGGCCGAUGAUCUGAGGCGUAAUCUGGAGCGACUGCAGCGAAAUCUCAGCACAGAUCGUAUGUGGGUGGAUGCCAUGGCUAGUCUAACAAGGGAACUGGAGGCCCGGGACUUUCCCCCGCCCGACGUGGCUAAGCAGCCUCUGAAGUACUACCAGGGAUACACCCAAAGAUGGCUCAAGGUGUGGCCAACGCUGUUGGAUUGGGUUCUCUCGAUGGGACAGAAGCAGUUGCUGCGACAGCAAAUCGCCGGGGAACUGAACUUCAGCAGCAAGUGCGAAGCUAAGCUGCUGAACAACACGGCCGACACCCUAAACCGAGCCCUCAUGCUUGAACUAUCGCAGGGUAAGCAUCUCUGCAAUGAAGAGGGUGUGCGUAUGAUAACUGAACUGCAGGAAAUCCUGCUCUACACUGGGAACUACGAGCCCCUGGAACAGGUCUUCCUCGUCACCAAAAACUCCCACAACAUGUCUCUGUUCCUGUUCCUCUUUACGAUCGCCCACUUGGGUCGUCUGCAACAUUCCUCCAAUGUGGACUGCCUGGUCCCCAAAACAGCCAAAGAUGCGAUCGAUUGUGUGCCUUUCAUUGUGGGUCUGUUGACGAUCUUCCAGCAGUUCCACACCAACGUGAAGAUGCUCUACCUAUCCUACAUGAGCCAAUACGUGGUGACAGUGUCGGAAGCUCAACUAACGGACAAUAAAUUUCUGGGUCCGGACGUGGUAACUACCAUAUACUUUCUGCAGGAAUUCGUGCACGUCGCUCGACUACCCACGAAGGUACUGCAGCAGCGCAUUCCCAACAUUCUGCUCAGCGAUUUCGAGUUCCUGGCCACGCCUAUUAAGUAAUGAUCACCAAGAGCCACAAGUUUGGGCUACACAAACUUUAAUAAAUCCGAAACAUAACAAGGAAA